UCUUUCUUGUYGUGCAUGUGAAAAUGAGUAGAAGAUAAAACUGGUUUGUCGAACUCCAGCUUUUCUACUUAAAAUAUUCAACCAUUUGGAGCCAACGUUUCAGCAUGCCAAUGAAGAAUCUCGGUGGAGAUCAGUAUGUCAUCCCUUCCAAUGUACCAGCGUUUCUGGUUAAGCUUUGGAAACUGGUCGAGGAUCAUCAGUAUGACAUUCAUAUCUCAUGGAACCGGAGUGGCUCUGGCUUUCUUGUUCACGACCAAGCGACGUUCGCGAGAGAGAUUCUCCCCAAAUAUUUCAAGCACAAUAACUUUGCAAGCUUUGUUCGUCAGCUGAACAUGUAUGGCUUUCGUAAAGUGAUUGGAGCAGAGCAAGGAGGGUUACGGUCUGACAAUGAUGUGUGGGAGUUUCACAAUCCAAACUUUCAGUGUGGGCAGCCGCAGCUUCUGGAAAACGUCAAAAGAAAGGCCACACCAGAUGAAAGGAAGCUCAAGAAUGAAGAUGUCACUAAGGUUCUGAAUGACGUGCAGGACAUGAAGGGAAAACAGGAUGAAAUGACUGCAAAACUUGAACAGAUGAAGAGGGAAAAUGAGACAUUGUGGAGGGAACUAGUAGAUCUACGUACCAAACAUUCAAGACAGCAACAUGUGGUUAACCGGCUGUUUCAGUUCUUAAUGAGACUUGUCUACCAAAAUGAAGCCCGACUAGCCAAUAGGAAAAGGUUGAUGCUACAAGAUAGCUCUGAACAAGAACAAGCAGCCAAGAGAGCUAGACAAGAGUACUCUAUGGAUUCACACACUGCUACAAGCACUUCAACAUCUCAUGGUUAUGGUUCAGCCGUACCUGGAUCCAAUACACAGUCUUUGACGAUUUCUGAUGUGUCCAACACACCAAAUGAAAUGCAAUCAUCUAGUGGUCCAUUAAUCACUGCCUUACCAGAUGAUGACGAGGCCAUUAGAAAUAGAGUCAUGUCUUCUCAGCGGCCAGUUAUUGUAUUAAGAGACAAUAAAAAGAUGAACACUGCUUCCCAACCAACAGUAACUAGCCCAGUGUCAACACAAGCUUCAAGCUUUGGAUAUUCCCCAGGGUCACAAAUGAUCCAUUCAUCAGGACCUUCAAGCUAUUCUCACAGUUCAGGCUCCCAGCCGCCAGCCUAUACCACCGGUGUUGUCACCUUCCCAGAAGAACACCAGCAACAACAGCAACAGCCAUCUAUCAUCCAUCCAUCACACAUCAUGGAACCUGGACAGUAUUCUGAACAACAGUCUUCUGCACGCAGAGGAACAGGGCCGAUACGGCAGUUCUCUGAGGAGGAUAUCUUGGAUAGUCGUAACUUUUUGGGAGAGCACAUUGAUUACAUCUCAUCAAAUCUUGAUUCACUGCAGCAAGUUUUGGCCAACCAGCAGAAUUUCAUGGAUGUACAAGGGUUCAGUGAGAUUCUCAACUCUUCAGAAGGUCUCUCUAACUUAGCAUCCCAACAGAUGUUCACUCAACAAARCCUUCCUCCGGAUCUUCUCGAUGCCAUUGCUGAGCGAGCAGCACCAAGCCCUGGCCCAACAUCACAACAGCAAGGUCAAGAGAUAGUCCAGUAUGGCCAGAGUCUAGGGAAUCCUCAGCGACAACUCCGUCAACAUGAAUUACCUGGAUAUGGACGCAAGACGAUGCCAUGGUCACAAGGCAGCACGCAGUCAGGACAACAGUACGAGGAAGGGGAUCCUCGUAAUCACUAUGAAGUACAGGACCUAUUCAAUGGUUAAUAACACCACCCCGAGUUUUUACUAUACUCUACAUUAGUUUAGACGAGAGCUUUCAACAAGGAGGGAGGUUAUGGUAAUCACAGUAGCGUAGUCGUUGCUAUGGAUACAGUUAACGUGAUCUUGGUUACUAUGACUACAAGCUGUGAUCAAGUAGAGCCCAAAAAGUAUAGGAUAUAGAUGCAUGUAAGUCAUGCUUAGAGCUGUCGACACCUAAAGGUUCGACUUCAACUUACAGACGAAGCAUGGUAGGCACGUGCGGUAGGCACAUUAAUCACGUGCAGUUCACGUGCGCACGUUAUCUGUAAGAGUGGAUUUCACUGGAAUUUAAAUUAAAUGUAUAGGUAAUUAAUCUUCUAGAUGAAAAAAUUAAAAUCAAAAUAAAGCGCGCACUUGUUCCGCAGAUCAUGCAAAGAUAGGCUAUUAUAUUUAAAAUUUUUUAAAAUGAUAUUUCAUACUUUUGCUUCAUUUUAUAAUUCAAAAUCUAUAUUWAAAAAAACGACGAAAUCCCAAUUUUUAAUUUUUGAAUUCAACCUAAGGCUAAUAGCAUUCUUUUAAAUAGGAACAAGUAUCUGCUACUUUUUAACAAUUUUCAAACCCUCCAAGUAUUUUGCGUAAUAUCAAUGCUCAAUUAGCAAUGCAUGCGAACAGGUGAAAUUCUCUCUUAUGCUUCUUUCCAUUGUACUCUCAUUUCCUAUUUGCAGACUGGGAGUGAGUCAUAAUCACUUCCGGUUGUUUUGCUUCCACUUCCGGUUUUGUAUAUCACUUCCGGGGUACGAUAUCUCAUUGACUACAAGUUCCCUUGCCCCUCGGUGAUAAUGGUAAAAAUCAAUAUGAUGUUUUAAUAUGUAUUAGGCUAUUUGUUUUAUUAUCGUAAAAGAUGUUUACAAAACACUGUAAAAUAAUUCUAUUUUUAGCGAUUGAUAAUCAUAAUUAUAGUGAAUAUAGCCCAACUAUUUCAUCUUCGAACGAUCCUUAACGUGUAGUUAAAGGUUCAGUUUAACAUUGAUGAAUAUACGUUAGCUCGUUACGAAUUUGUGAUGCUUGAAUGUCUUAUCCUGUAAUGCAGUCAUGAUCAAUAUCUCGAUAAAAUGACCAUAAGAAAAAACGCCAUUACUAAUAAACAGUUCCGUCACAA